AUGAAUUCUUGGUUCACCAUCUCCCACUCUCUCUUCUCCUUCUUCUUCAUCAAAAUUUUCAGUACCGAAGCUGCCCCAACUUACCUAUCUCAUGCUUGUCCAAACACUACCCUCUUUACUCCUAAGUCCGCCUACCAAUCCAACCUCAACACCCUCCUCUCUUCCCUCUCCUCUGCCGCCGCCGAUGGUGCUGAUGGCUUCGCCAACGCUACUGUCGGCCAAAACUCUCCGGACCAGCUUUAUGGGCUUUUCCUCUGCCGCGGUGACGUCAAUACUGCCACAUGCAGCGACUGCGUGGCCACCGGAAAACAGGAUAUACUCCAAAGAUGCCCCAACCAGCGAGUCUCCGUGAUCUGGUACGAUGAGUGUAUGUUGAGGUACUCCGAUGGGUCCAUCUACUCGGUCAUGGAACAAGUGCCUUCUUUCAAGAUGUACCACACCAGGAACAUCACCAAUCUAACCCAGUUCAUGCUAGUCCUGGGAGAGACCAUGGACGACAUCACUGCGAGGGCUUCAGUCGGCAAGUUAGGGAAGAAAGUCGCGGUUGCGGAGGCAAACUUUACGAGCUUGCAGAAGCUGUACACACUCGCACAGUGCACACCAGACUUGAUGGUGUCCGAGUGCAACACAUGCCUCCGGGCGGCAAUCGCGGGCCUCCCACAGGGGAAGCAAGGUGGGAGGUUGUUCACUCCGAGCUGCAGCAUGAGGUUCGAGCUGUACCCAUUUUAUAAUGCCUCGGCCAUGGCAGCCCUGGUGCCUCCGCCGUCCUACCUUCAUUCUCCUCCUGCUCCCGUGACCAGACGUAAAGCACUUCAAAGCAGCACAAUUUACAACAUAACUGCAUCAAGUCCACUGGUUCAGAACCAAACCCUGGUCUCUAGUAGUCAAAUCUUUGAGCUUGGGUUCUUCACGCCUAAUGGAUCAGCAAAGCAGUACCUAGGAAUAUGGUACAAGAACAUGACUCCCUCCAAAAAGUCUGGGUGGCCAACAGGAACAACCCAAUUGGACACACAGAUAAAUCUGCGAGUUUAA